AAUUGAGCAACUUUUUAAUAUUUGGUGUUUUUCAAAUCCAAGUAACUUUUAUCGCGUUUAAACCUGGAGGAAUCACGUCAUAUUGACGGUUUUUUUUUACAAUGCACGUGCUGACGUUCUGUGUAAUUUUCACCAUACCUGUUUUACAGACGCAGACGAAGUAUCUAGGCGGAACUGUCAGUUGGCGGGAAUUCGAAGGAUCGAUUCGGUUUGUUUAUCGGAUGACAUGGGAGAAGGGGACUGGACCAUGCGGGCCCUCGUGUUCUCGCGCCGAUUUUAUAUCCAAGCAUCCCCUUCCACCAUCGCUUAGUUCCUUGUCUUGGAAAUGUACUUCCGGUUGCACCGGAAGUCCUGUGUUGGGCGACGCUAACUACAUUCUGACGUCAGUGAGUGACCAUACUCCUGGCUGGGAGCAAGGCGAGGAUCAGUUCUUCUACAACCUCACAGGGACAGGGACGUACAGUAUCUCGAUUGAUGAUCUCCCUUGGCCUAAUUCCUCCGGUUUUGGACGCAUGGUGGCGUCCGUUCAACUAGGUGUUCGGAACGACACGAAUGUCUCCAAUGCCAGUCCCAUCGCUGCAGUCCCGCCCUCUGUUGGAAUUCCUUUUAAUUGCAAAAGCGUGAUCAGUUUGCCGACAGAAGAUCCAGAUGUAGAUUCCGUAAGAUGUCGACUGGCUACAGCCACCGAAUGCGCAGACGCGUGCACGAAUUUGCCGCAUUUCUUUAUCAACGAGGAAAACUGCACACUUACCGUCCAUGCGUCAGCUGACAAUGGGUAUAGACCAAACUCACUCUACCGGGUCACUGUCAUGGUCGAGGAUUUUCCGGAUUACACCAUUAGUGUUGGAACUGAGAUUAAGAAUCCUCGUCACAGUAUCAGCAAGAUACCUUUACAAUUUGCAGUGAAAGUGUUGUCGACAAACGGAGGCUGUGAUAACCCGGAAAUGAAGUUUGCAUCCCCAGACAUUCCGGAUGGUAUCCGGUUCCCGUAUCCUCCUACAGGUCCCUUAUUCCAGACUCUCUCUUAUUACAUUGAGACACCAAAUGUCAGCGGUACCGAUUUCGUAGCGAGUCUUGCCGCCAUGUUUAACCACAGCAAGAUCCCGGAUGACAAAAACCGGUCAAACGUGACUCAUCUCUACGGGUCAUGGUACUCGCGGCGGGACCAAUCAGGAGACUCCUUCAACUGUGUUUGGGGCAGACGACAGGACGGCCUCACUACAUUGGAAAAGCGCUGUAUGACUGUGUAUCUCAAUGAUGUUGGCCAUUGCACAGGAGGUGCGUUCUGUAAACGUAAUGGCACGUGCAUAACACUCUAUAAACGCUAUACGUGCAAAUGCCCACACGGCUUUAAACCACCGGACUGUCAGCUACGUGUGAGUUGUCUGGACUUCCCAUGUAAGCACAAUGGAUCUUGUGUAGAUACCGGAACAAUGUACAAGUGCAUGUGUGCUCCAGGUUACCAUGGGGUGGACUGUGAAUGGAAAUAUGAUGAAUGUUCAAGUUCACCUUGUAAGAACAACGGCACGUGCAGUAAUGACGUCACUGGUUUCACCUGUUCGUGUUUGACUAAUUACACAGGUGACACAUGCCAGACAUUAAGCACCAGUGGCAUGGACUUGCGUGUUAUGGGUAACAAUCUAGACCCUCCCGUCUGGCCUAUAGUGGUUGGGGUGUAUGUUGGAGUGGCGUUAGCGGUAUCGGCUGGUGUCUGUUGCUGGCGCUACUUUGCCGCUGCCAAGCGUCGAAAGAGGAAAAAGGAAAAGCAGGUAGAACCCACGUCAGGCUGGGUUAAAGACUCUAAGGACAUAUCUCGGCCUUCAAGUGGCCAUGUCCCAACAGGAAGUUCCGUACAGGAUUCUGACAACGUCAAUGGAGCAAACGAUUUUCAGGCGACACCACAAAAUAGUGGUAUGGCCGGAUCUGACUUCACGAUUAACAGAACAUCAUCAUAACUGAUAAAUAUUGACAAAGACUCACUGAAAACAGGACUGAAGUAUUGUGCAUGUGUGCUGCGCAUACUUGUUGCUAUGUAACAUAUACAGUGUGGUAAUAAUCCAUAUUGCUUACAUAUGUAGUGUGAUUGUAAUUCCACAUUGAUUACAUAUGUAGUGUGAUAGUAAUUCCAUAUUAUAUUGCUUACAUAUGUAGUGUGAUAGUAAUUCCAUAUUGAUUACAUAUGUAGUGUGAUAGUAAUUCCAUAUUGAUUACAUAUGUAGUGUGAUUGUAAUUCCAUAUUGAUUGCAUAUGUAGUGUGAUAGUAAUUCCAUAUUGAUUACAUAUGUAGUGUGAUAGUAAUUCAAUAUUGAUAACAUAUGUAGUGUGAUUGUAAUUCCAUAUUGAUUACAUAUGUAGUGUGAUAGUAAUUCAAUAUUGAUAACAUAUGUAGUGUGAUUGUAAUUCCAUAUUGAUUACAUAUGUAGUGUGAUAGUAAUUCCAUAUUGAUUACAUAUGUAGUGUGAUAAUAAUUCCAUAUUGAUAACAUAUGUAGUGUGAUUGUAAUUCAAUAUUGAUUACAUAUGUAGUGUGACUGUAAUUCCAUAUUGAUUACAUAUGUAGUGUGAUAGUAAUUCCAUAUUGAUUACAUAUGUAGUGUGAUUGUAAUUCCAUAUUGAUUACAUAUGUAGUGUGAUUGUAAUUCCAUAUUGAUUACAUAUGUAGUGUGAUUGUAAUUCCAUAUUGAUUACAUAUGUAGUGUGAUUGUAAUCAUAUUCAAAACUUAUUGAUUACAUAUGUAGUGUGAUUGUAAUUCCAUAUUGAUUGCAUAUGUACCGUGAUUGUACUUACAUUUUAAUUGAUACAUAUGUAGCGUGAUUGCAAUCCCAUAUUGAUUGAAAUACUUUCACUGCAUGUCUCUAUUACAUGGUUUGAGACCUAAGUCUAGACAUUUCUGCAUGUAAUUUUCACUUUUUACACCAACGUGGAUAAUUAGCCUAAGGAAGCUUUCUAAUUCUGAUGUACACAAAUAAUUUUAACGAAUGAUAAAGACAUUGUAAGAUAUUAUAAUAGUUAUUCUUGUACAAUUAAUAUAAAUUUUGAAAAAAAAAUUAAGAUCUGUAAUGUUAAUUAAAGAGAGAGGUCGUGUC